GAAGCAUGAUGAAGAUAAGUUUCCCCCAUCAUCAUCAUCAUCAUCUCCUCCUCUUUCUCUUGAUCUCUCUUUUCUGGGCUUCCUCUGCAUUUGGAGCCACCAAGAUACAUCCAUCUGAAAUGGAAGCUCUGAAAGACAUAGCUAAGACUCUGGGAAAGGAAGAUUGGAACUUCGACGUAGAUCCCUGCGAUACUUCUGAUCCUGCCUUCAGUCAAACCAACUGGUUUACGGCGUACCCAGUGGAUACAGAAAGUCAAAACGCUGUCGCUUGCAAUUGCGCCGUUGCCCCUGAUGACGCCUUUUGUCAUGUUGUCAACAUAACUCUGAAGAAACAAAGUCUGCCGGGCAAGCUCCCUCCAGAACUUGUCAGAUUACCUUACCUUUCCGCAAUCGACCUGAGCCGCAACUACCUUAGCGGUUCAAUCCCUUUAAGUUGGGCCUCCCUUAAUCUUCGGCACAUAUCUCUUCUUGGUAAUCGACUAACCGGUAAAAUCCCAGUGGAGCUUGCGAAGAUCACUACUCUGCAACGUCUGGUCCUUGAGUUCAAUCAAUUUUCUGGGAAUCUUCCUCCUGAGCUUGGCAAUCUUCUCCAAAUUGAAGGACUGGUUCUUACCUCCAACAAUUUCACUGGAGACAUACCUCCAACUUUCGCAAAGCUUACUAAUUUGACGGAUAUAAUGGUUCAUGGGACUGGUUUGAGUGGACCGAUUUCUGGAAUUUCAUUUCCUGAAAACGUAGAGGACUUGAGGAUAAGUGACUUGAAUGGACCUGAUUCAACUUUUCCCGAGCUCAGAAACUUGACAAAAUUGAAAACAUUGAUAUUGAGGAGUUGCAAUAUCAAUGGGAAAAUACCUACCUAUCUCUGGAGAAUGGGAAAUUUAAAAACCUUAGACCUGAGCUUUAACAAAUUGCAAGGAAAAAUUCCAGAUGAGUUUGCUCACCUGUCACAAUUGGAUUACAUGUAUUUAACUGGAAAUCUUCUUGAUGGACCUUUGCCUAAGUUGAAAGUUGAAUACAUUGAUCUUUCAUAUAACAACUUUAACAGUGGAAAUGCUGGGGAGAAGAAUUGUGAUCAGCCAAAAGUGAACCUUUUUGGAGACCCUUUGAUGGCCAAUGACUCAGGGUCUGUUACUUGUAUGAGAAGCACUUGUUCUCAAACCUGGUACUCUGUCAAUAUAAAUUGCGGUGGAGAUCAGGCAGCCAUUGGACAUACAAUGUAUGAUGGUGAUUUGGAUCUAGUUAGACAAGGAUUUGCAAAGAGUGGAACUAACUGGGCAAUUAGCAAUACUGGUCACUUUUUAGAUGCAACACAAAAGGAUAUCUAUGUCGCACAAAACAAGAGUCCCCCCCUGCCCCCUGUUGAACUGUACGGAAAUGCACAUGUUUCCCCUAUUUCUCUGACCUAUUAUGCAUUUUGCCUGGGAAAUGGAACAUACACGGUGAGUCUCCAUUUUGUCGAGAUAAUGUUCACUGAUGAUCAAACAUAUAGAAGCCUUGGAAGGCGUGUAUUUGAUGUCUACAUUCAGGAACGGCGAAUGCUGAAGGAUUUCAAUAUUGUAACUGAAGCAAGGGGAGUUGGUAAGCUAAUCAUAAAAAAAUUUACUGUAAAUGUGACUAAUGGCACCUUAAAGAUUCGCUUCCAUUGGGCGGGGAAAGGGACAACUGCUAUACCAGAAAAGUCAGUUUAUGGUCCUCUAAUUUCAGCUAUCUCUGUAACUUCUGACUUUCAACCCCCAAGAAACAUCCCUGGAGCAGUUUUUGCUGCAAUUGUGGUCGCAGGAGUGAGUAUUGUCGUCCUGAUAUUGGGCAUACUCUGGUGGAGAGGUUACCUCGGAAAAAGAAACUCAUUAGCAAUUGAGCUAAAGAGCUUAGAUCUGCAAACUGGUUUAUUUACCUUGCGCCAAAUCAAAGCAGCAACGGAUAACUUUGAUGCAUCCAAUAAGAUUGGAGAAGGAGGAUUUGGUCCUGUUUACAAGGGCUUUCUAUCAGAUGGCACAAUGAUAGCAGUGAAGCAGCUUUCUUCUAAAUCAAAGCAAGGAAACCGUGAGUUCAUCAAUGAGAUUGGCAUGAUCUCUGCUUUGCAACACCCUUGUCUUGUUAAGCUCUAUGGUUGUUGUGUUGAGGGGGAUCAGUUGUUGUUGGUAUAUGAAUACAUGGAAAACAAUAGCCUUGCUCGUGCCUUGUUUGGGCCAGAGGAAUGCCGCUUAAAAUUGGAUUGGCCAAUGAGACAGAAGAUUUGUGUUGAUCUUGCCCGAGGUUUGGCUUUCCUCCAUGAAGAAUCAAGACUAAAGAUUGUUCACCGGGACAUCAAGGCCACAAAUGUGCUACUUGACAAAGACCUGAAUGCAAAAAUAUCAGAUUUUGGACUAGCCAAGCUUUAUGAAGAGGAAAAUACCCACAUAAGCACUCGAAUUGCUGGGACCUAUGGAUACAUGGCACCUGAAUAUGCAAUGCAUGGCUAUUUAACUGACAAAGCAGAUGUCUAUAGUUUUGGAAUCGUUGCUCUGGAAAUUGUAAGUGGAAGGAGUAACACUUCUCGCCGACAAAAGGAAGAAUGUUUCAAUCUUCUUAAUUGGGCACAUGUUUUGAAAGAGAAUGGCUAUUUAAUGGAGCUAGUUGAUCCAAGGUUGGGUUCAGAUUUUGACAGAGAGGAGGUAAUGGUGAUGAUCAAUGUGGCUCUCCUAUGCACUAAUCCAUCUUCAUCACUCAGGCCCUCCAUGUCUUCAGUGCUAAGCAUGCUUGAAGGAAGAACUGUAGUUCCAGAGUUCGUUUCUGAUCAAAGUGAGGAAGCAAGUAAGAUGAAGUUAGAGGCAAUGAGACAAUAUUACCGAGAGAUGGAAGAAAACCAGACGAAUGAUGAGACUGAAACUCAUUCCAAGAGCCUCUUGGGGAUGUCCGCUUCUUCAUCUACAUCAGCUGGAGAUCUCUAUCCUGUUCGCCUAGAUUCUUCCUACUUCGAGAAAAGAAAGUCUCAGAUAGAAGAAUAGGGGAAAACUCAGAUAGAAGAAUCACAGGGAAUUAAAUGGAACAAAAUAAUGAUUACAAAGUAGUUGUUUGGCAUGCCAUCAAGGAAUUAUGAAAUAAACUUUAUAUUUUAUCUAGAAAAAGUUAAAAUAAAUGUGAAAUAAUCUUUUCAACUCUGUCAAAGCCAAAAAUGAAGGGUAUAGAUGUCUAAAUGUUGAAUCAUAGAAGAUAUAGACGGCCAUGCAUUAAUUCAUGUCAGUUUAAAUCUGUAUUACACAACCAAAGUUAUAUAACAGUGGGGAUUGCCUUAUU